CCACCUUAAGUGAGCCUGGUCAAGUUAAGCUAACGCGUUGUUGCUAACUUCGGGGCUAACCCCUCUCGAUAGAUGAGUAUUUUCUUGAGGAGCUGCAGCAUUUAUUAACUGACACACAGCCUGUACUGUACAGUUACUGCCAGGUUGACAAUUUACGGCUAAACCUUUGCUCUGCUCACACACACACACACACGCACGCACUGCCUUAUUCCUUAACGGAGCAACGCUACUCUUGCAAAAACACGUAGAUGUCCUUUUAGGAACGAAGAGAGAUCCUCCCUGUGGGCGUCGCCUUUCUCCGCCAUUCUGCUGUCAGUCAGAGUCACACUGUCACUGAACUCAACAACAACAACAGAAACGCCCAACUGAAUGAACCUGUGAGCUGUGUAGAGGUGAAAAUGAAGCGCUCCCUGGGGAUCUGCGUGGUGAUGUGCUGCGCUCUGAUUGGACUCGGAUCAGCCAUUCGGUGUUACAACUGUGAGGAGAACACAGGAAGCUGCUCCGAACAAACAGACUGUGGCCACGACGGCGACGCCUGUCUGAAACUCACCGAGAGCGAAGGAAUGACCCACCGCCAGUGUCUCAAGUAUUCAGACUGCAAGUACAGCCGACUGGGCCAGAUGUUCCCAAAGGUGUCCAGUUUUACCUUCAGCUGCUGCAACUCCGACCUGUGUAACUCCGCCCCCUCCUCUGCAGCGAGCUCUCUGAUUGGUCUGCUGGCCUCGGUGGCGGUCAUGUGGUGGUGCAUCUACUGAAGAAACCCAGAAACACGCACUAACGCUGCCGAGCUGCUCUCUAGCACCACCUGCGUCCACAAACACAUAGAAACGUCUCUCUAAAUGACAUAAAUUCACACUGAAUAGUAAAGAUCAAAGCUUUCUCGCUCCGUCAUAUGAUCAAUAUUUAUAUGAAGCUGAUUAUUGAUUCAACAUUUAAGGUGUUUAUUGAUUGGUCACAUUUCAUUCAUUCAUUCUAAAUAUCUGUACAGGAAACAUGUUGAUGAGACAUUCAGAGUCCUAGUGAUGUCAUAAAAGUGUAUUGACAUGGAAGAACUACAGGACCCAUAAUGCUUUGCGUUGUUUGAUGUUCAUUUUAGUGAAGUAUUGGGGUGAAAUCUGAGAGUCGUUGAUUUCCAGAAUUUCUUUGAAGCAGCUGCUAAAAUCUAAGAUCCAUUUCAAUAAAUAUUUACUUAUUUCUUAGAAAUAUUUUUCUGUGUAUGUUUGAAAUUUAACGAAGAUCAAGUCUGACUUUCUCGUUCGCUCAGCUGACUCAGUGAUGAUUAUUGAUUACGCUGCCAAUUAAUGACAAGCGUAGCGACUGAAAACUGUUUCCUUUUUCCUCCAAAACUUUCACAGAAACUUUCUGACUCAAAGUGUCACUGAAACCUUCAGUUUCCAUCAGUUCAGAUCAAUAUUUGAUUGAAAUGAAUCAGAGCUACAUUUGUUUGUUUGUUUGUUUAAAGAAAUUAAAGUCAGAAUGUGAAACUUUCAUCAGUUCAGAUGAAGAUUUUGUGAAGCUGCUUCGCUCUUUAACGGGUUUGAAAUGACUGUUUGUAAAAGAUAUUAAAUAAAUAAACAUUUACAACAGACUCAA